GAUAAAGAAAUAAGAAAGAGAGAGAAGGAAAAUCUUGGUACUCACCUAGGUACUGAACUGAACCGAAGUACCAAUACGGACUGAAGCGCGGACUUUUACAGUUUUUUUUUGCUGUUGAAUUCUGUGUUGAAAAUCCGACUACGAAAUCGAAAUGGGGAUUGGAGAAGAUAUAAAUUUCAAUUCGCCUGUCUCUCUAAUCUCUCCUCAAGGUUGUUGGUAAGCCUCUCUUCUUCUCUCUCUUUUUAAUUUAGGGUUUCACUGAAUCCCAACAAGUGUUUUGUGUUUUCUGAAAUCCAGAUUUGUGUUUUCCUGUAAAUCAAAGUUUAGUAAUUACAUUCUUGAUAACUAAAUUUCAUGAGAAAUUCAUUUUAGUUUUCUUGUGGUUUAGUUAGUGGGAAUGUGAAUAUUUUGCUUGAUGAUUCUUCCCUCCUAUGAAAUUUGCCAAAUUCCUCACAAAGGGUCUUCUUCAGUCAUUGAUAAAAAUCCCAAUUUCGAGAAAUGAAAGAAUUACAUCCCUGUUGUGUUGAUUAGUUUAUGGCAGAGAAACCAAGAAAAAUGAGACGGCAUUUGGCUUGAGUGAGAUACCAAGCAAUUGCACUUUGAAUUCUCUCUAUGAAGAACACAGUAGACACAUUUUGAAAAUUUCCAUGUUUUUGUAAGCAGAAUGGGGUUUACAUCCGAAACAUUUGUCAUCUCGAGUCCUAUUUCUGAUGUUAAAACUUCUAACCAUGACUACAAAACCUUAUUUGAAACCGCCCGACAAUGUCAACAACAUCAAAUGGUCGUUAUAAGAAGAAAUAAACAUCCUCAAAUGUCUUUGUAUGCCUCUCAUUAUAAUAUCAUGAAACGACUACAAAAGGCAACGGCUACUGCUACUACCUGUAUUCUUAGAGAAGAACGAGAUUCUUCUCCAUCUUUUACUUCAUGUGGGUUGAAGUUUGUUCGUGGUACAAAGUUACUUAGCGAAUUAAGCACUUGGAGAAUUGGAGGCCCUUGUAACUACUUUGUCCAGGUUUCCCAUCAGACACAAUUGCUCUCCGCUAUCAGAUACUGUCGCGAACAUUCAAUCCGGUUUCUUAUCAUCGGCAAAGGUUCAAAUUGUCUCUUUGAUGACUCCGGUUUUGAUGGUUGCAUAAUUCUCAACAGAAUUGACUUUUUCGAAGAGGUCGAAUCGGGUAUAUACAGAGUAGGUAGCGGUUACCCGUUCAAUCAGUUGGGUGUCCGAUGCUCCAAUGAUGGAUUCACGGGUCUUGAGUUUGCAUCUGGUGUUCCGGGCAGUGUUGGUGGAGGAGCUUACAUGAAUGCUGGAGCUAAUGGACAAGAGAUUUCUGAUGUCAUUUCCAGUGUUGAGAUAUUACAGACUGACGGUAGACUUGAAACAAUAAAUCAAAAUGAUCUUGCUUUCAGCUACCGCAAAUCAUCCUUUCAGGACAUGGAAGACUUGGCUGCAAUUGUGGCUGUUACCUUCAAGUUAAAACCUUUUCCAUUAGCAAGGGAACAACAGAAAGCAUACUUAACAAAGAGACGCUUAUCUCAACCACUGGGAGAAAGAAGUGCUGGAUCAGUGUUUAGGAAUCCAGAAGGCGUUGGCGUCUCAGCGGGAGAAUUGAUUGAAAAAGCUGGACUGAAAGGUUUCAGAUUGGGAAAUGCAAAGAUAUCUGAAGUCCAUGCAAAUUUCUUUAUCAACUGUGGUGGUUCAACUUCAAAAGACAUGAUUGAACUCAUAAACUUGGUUAAGGAGAAGGUCAAAGAUAAGUUCAACUUAGAGCUCAAUGAAGAAAUACAGUAUGUUUCACCCAUUUGAUCUUUGAUGUUUCAUAUAUAAUCUUUUCAUAAAUGGCAUUCGAGUUUUGUGAUUAAGGUAACCGUCCCAAAGAUGUUGUAGAAGCAAAUAUAUUCUGUUAUAAACAGUUCACAAUUCUAUGAUUGUUUGAGUUUUGUGAUUAAGGUAACUGUCCCAAAGAUGUUGUAGAAGCAAAUAUAUUCUGUUA